AUGGAUAUGGAUAUGGAUGAGGGAAGUACUCGGAUAGGGUGGAUAAUAUGGAUGGAUGGGCGGAUGGAUGGAUGGGAGAAUUGGAACGAUCGUAUACAUUGCACAUUACUUCCGCCCGUCUGCCACCUUCGAGAGGACCAGACCGACCCGACGGAGUGGUAUCCCCCUGUCCCAACUCUAUCAGGCAUUAAACGUCGUGCAAAACGUGGCCUUUCUCUCUCCCUGGUUCUCGUACUACACUACAAGAUCGGACUUUGCAAAUUUUGGACCAGCUCGUCACUACUCGUCGCGUCCACCACACGCGCUGCGAUGCCCCCGAAAACGCCUAUGCACCACAGGAUUCUGCUCGCGAAGAGGGCGCUCUCGACGUCCGCGAGAUGCCAGGAGAAGCCGGUCUUGAACCGCUACAGUCGCGUCGUCACGCAGCCCAAGGACCAGGGAGCCAGUCAGGCGAUGUUGUACGCUACGGAUGGCAUUAAGACGGACGACGACUUUCAAAAGGCGAUGGUGGGUGUUGCGAGCGUAUGGUAUGAAGGAAACCCAUGCAACAAGCACCUCCUCGGGCUCGGUCAAGAGAUCAAGGCCUCGCUCACCAAGUCCGACAUUAUUGGGUACCAGUUUGGCACCGUCGGUGUCAGCGAUGGCAUCAGCAUGGGCACACGCGGGAUGUCGUUCUCCCUCCAAUCUCGCGACUUGAUAGCAGAUCAGGUGGAGACUGCAGCUGGUGGUCACCACCUCGAUGGUAUGGUCGUCGUUCCUGGUUGUGACAAGAAUAUGCCCGGCGUUCUGAUGGCCCUGGGCCGUCUGAACCGUCCCGGUCUCAUGGUGUACGGCGGAACCAUCCGCGCGGGCUCGUGUGAAGGAGCGCCACAGCUCGACAUCGUAUCCGCGUUCCAGUCAUACGGUAAAUACCUCCAGGACGGAAGGACACCGGAGGCGGAACGCGAGCGGUACAACACCGUCCGACACGCCUGCCCGGGCCCAGGCGCAUGUGGGGGUAUGUACACUGCGAACACCAUGGCCAGUGCUAUCGAAGCGCUGGGGAUGUCCCUGCCUGGCUCUUCCUCUUUCCCGGCUGAAUCGAGAGAGAAAUACGACGAGUGUGCAAGCAUAGGCCCUGUCAUGUACAACCUCCUUGCCAAAAACAUUCUCCCGAGGCAAAUCAUGACCCGCUCUGCCUUCGAGAACGCCCUGGUUCUGACUAUGAUUCUCGGCGGUUCGACGAACGCGGUCCUACAUCUUAUCGCUAUAGCGCACUCGGUCGGCAUUAAACUGGGCAUCGACGACGUCCAGAACGUGUCAGACCGUAUCCCCUUCCUCGCAGACAUUAAGCCGAGCGGUAAAUAUGUCAUGGAAGAUAUCUACAAGCUCGGUGGUAUUCCGAAGAUAUUGGCUUUCCUGCUGGAGAACAAGCUGAUAGAUGGUAACAAUCUGACCAUUACCGGCCGCACUCUCGGUGAAAACCUAGAGGAGUGGACGCACAAGUACGGCGCCUUGGAGUUCCGGAGCCAGGAUAUCAUCCGGCCACUAGACAAUCCCAUUAAAUCUACUGGACACAUCAGAAUCCUCAAAGGAAACCUUGCACCCGGUGGCGCAGUGGCCAAAAUUACAGGGAAGGAAGGCUUGGGAUUUGUUGGGAAGGCACGUGCCUUUGAUUCUGAAGACGACUUUGUCAAGGCCGUCGAGACCGGCUCUAUCAAGAAGGGUGAAAAGACCGUCGUUAUUCUACGCUAUUUGGGACCCAAGGGAGGACCGGGUAUGCCGGAAAUGCUGAAGCCAACGAGUUUGAUCAUGGGCGCCGGUCUGGGUUUAGACGUCGCCUGUCUCACGGAUGGGCGAUUCAGCGGAGGGUCUCAUGGGUUCUGCAUUGGGCACGUCGUACCAGAGGCGCAAGAAGGCGGACCGAUCGCGCUCGUCAAGGAUGGUGAUAUUAUCGCUGUUGACGCGGUGAAGAACACCAUCGAGCUACGCGUGCCCGAAGAGGAGCUCGAGCAACGACGCGCGGAAUGGAAGGCGCCACCGCUCAAGGUAACCCAGGGUACGCUAUACAAGUACACCAAGGUCGUCACAGACGCUAGCCAUGGCUGCGUAACCGAUGCUUGA